AUGGAACGCCUACGUCGCGCGCGUGCCGGAGUUCGCAGCGGUCUCAACCGAACUAAGUCUCGCCUGACUGAGCUUCUGGCUCGACCUCAGCCCUCCGCCGCUGAUGUUCAGGUCGCAAUGGACUACCUCGUUUCCAAGCGUCAACCGCUCUCCGACUUGGACCGGAGCAUCUUGGACGAAACUCCCGAAGACGCUAUGGAGGCAGAAGUCUCCGCCGCCAUGGAAUAUGAAGAGGGCAUCGAAGAAGCUAUCUCUCGUGCACGGCUGUUUCUGACGCAGCCCCAGAAUGUGAUGCCCGAGCGCUCGCAGUCUUCUGCAGGACACCUCCGCACUGUCCAGCUUCCAAAGCUUCAGAUCCCGUCGUUUUCCGGGAAGCUCUCAGAAUGGCACCAGUUCUGGGAGCACUUUGAUGUCACCAUUCAUUCGAACGAAGCCCUGUCGCCCGUGGAGAAGUUUAAGUAUCUAGCCACCUACCUGACCGACGCUGCAAAACGGGCGGUUGAGGGGCUUCGCAUCAGCGGCGAUACCUAUCCGUCUGCCAUCAAGAUACUCAAGGACAGAUUCGGGAGAUCAGACCUGCUUAGUGCUGAGCACAUCGAUCGGCUCUUGGAGCUGCGCCCCAUUCCGACCGCGCAGCAUGUCGAGCAGCUGAGACAUCUCUACGAUGAAGUAACGAUGCGCGUUGCUGCUCUUGACGCAUUGGGCAUCGGUCGGGAGAAGUACGCGGUCAUAUUGUGUCGGGUGCUGGUGCGAUGCCUCCCCGAGAAACUCUGCGUCUCUUUUCGCCAACGACGGAGGACAGAAACCAGUCUUCAACGUCGUGAAGACGGCGACGGAACUAUCGAAGAGAUUGACGACCUGCUUUCUUUUCUGAAGGUGCAAGUUGAAACGCGGGAGGAGGUAGCCCUAAGUCACGACAAGGCGCCUCACGUCCCUCGCACACUCACCAGUCCGUCCAGAGCCGUUCCUCUGCGACCAGCAACCGCGUCUGCUUUGUCCGCCACACGACUAGACGCACAAAACCACUCCGGAGCAUCGCAGGCUGCAUGCCCAUUAUGUUUGUCGACCGAGCAUCGCCUGGAGUCCUGUGCGGCCAGCGUCCCACCGGAGGAGAAGAGGAACCGCAUCUUUCGUACCGGCCGAUGUUUCAAAUGUGGCAAGCCUGGCCAUAUAUCCAGACGAUGCGGCUCUGCCGCGCAGCUAUCUUGCUCCCUAUGCCGUGGUCAUCAUCUCACGAUCUUGUGCGAUGUUCAGAAUCCACUAACUCAACCGCAGACGUCAACAUCCUCCAGUGCAGGGAGCGCAUUAGUCGCAACCCAGUACGUUGAUGACGCCUCGAUGCAGCCCGACAGCCACAUCUCCCUCACCACCGUUGUGUCCGUUGUGUCAACCAGCACCACGAACGUCUGUCCGCGCAGAUCCGGAGUCGCCCACCUGCAGACGGCAACUGUAUGGGCAUCGGGACCUGCAGGGAAAAAGCAGAUCCGGGCUCUGCUUGACACGGGGAGCCAGCAAACGUUCAUUCGCCGUGACCUUUUAAGAGACCUUCGUUGCGAGAUUGACGGGGAAGAGGAGAUGUCCAUCUGCUCGUUUGCGUCAAGCCAUCAUCCGAAGUCAUUCCGCUGUGAGCGUGUCCGGGUCCGCCUGCACGCGUUGUCAAAUGUUUCCUCCUUCGUCGAUGUCGAGGCUCUCGGCAUGGAAGACGUGUGCAAGGUGUUCACGCCACCCCUGGAUGAGACGACCACGCAAGCUAUGUGGCAGUAUGGCCUGGACUUAGCGGACACGAGCUGCACGCAUGAGAUAGGAGUUCUUAUAGGUUCCGACCACUAUUGGAAAGCUGUCACCGGUCGCGUGGAGCGUCUGUCAGACACCCUGACAGCAGUGGAGACUGUCUUCGGGUGGGUCGUACAGGGUGUGGAGCGGCAGUCCCAAGACGGAACCGCCUGCAUGAUUUCCGUGGGCUCUGUAUCAUGUGACUGCGACCACUUUGACCAUCUGGAUCCAUCGGAGAUGUGGAGGUUAGACUCUUUAGGAAUUGUUGACCCCGAUUCGGACCCAAAGGCCGACAUUGCACUGGCCCUUUUUUCCGCUCUUCUUGACAAAUCGGGUGGACGCUACGUUGUUCCUUUGAUGGUGAACGGCGAAGGACUGCCCCCAGAGGCCAACAAUCGCGAGAUUGCGACACAGCGGCUCCUUUCUCAACUACGGCGUUUUCAUUCUGCCCCGCAUCUAUUACGAGAAUACGAUACUGUCAUCCGGGAGUACUUUUCCGAACAUCAUGCCGAGAGAGUGGAGCAAGAGAGCGCCCACGAGAAGAAUGUCUAUUAUAUGCCUCACCAUGCGGUCAUCCGUCAAGACGCCGUCACCACCAAGCUGCGUGUCGUUUUUGAUGCGUCGUCGCACCGUGCCGGUCAACCAUCCCUCAACAGCAUCUUAAUGGAAGGGCCCAAGAUUAACGCUGAUUUGCUUCACCUUCUUCUCACCUUUCGAUGCUUCCCCGUCGUGUUAACCGCUGACAUUCGCAAGGCGUACUUACAGAUCCUGAUUCGCCCGCAGGAUAGGGACCUUCUGCGGUUUCUGUGGGUGAGCGCCACGCCUGUGGCCAAUGAAGAACCGCGCAUUGAGGAAUGGCGAAUGACACGGGUUCCGUUCGGGGCAACCUCCAGCCCCUUUCUCCUGGCCGCAACGUUGCAGCACCACUUCGACUCCCUCAGCGCGGUGUAUCAGGCUACAGUCCCCCGACUGAAGACAGGCUUCUACGUCGACGACAUGGUGGUGGGAUGCAUGUCCGAAGGGGAUGCUAUGAAAGUCUACGAUGACGCCUGCCAAAUCCUCAAGGAGGCCGGUAUGGAAAUUCGCAAGUGGACGUCGAACUCCGAAGCACUUCGCGAAGCCUUCCUGGAAGACGGCAUUUCUUAUGACGAUGCGUCGAGCGGCGACCCGGUGGUCAAGGUUUUGGGCAUCCUUUGGAAUAGAAGCACUGACCGUAUCCAGUUCAACGUUGACCGCGCUCGAAACUUUGCGGGCUUGCGGGGCCCCACUAAGCGCGUAUUGCUGAAGACGUUUUCCAUGAUUUACCACCCGCUAGGUUACCUCUCGCCCUUUGUCGUCACAGCGAGGUUGUUAUUCCAAGACCUAUGGCGCAAGGCCUGCCCUUGGGACGCCCCUAUCAGCGAGGACAAGACCCGCGCAUGGGAAGCCUGGAAGGCCGAUUUGCCCCACAUAGCUCAACUGCAACUUCGACGUUGUGUCCUUCAAUCUGACCAAGGAGAGCAUUUGGAGAUUCAUUGCUUCGCCGACGCUAGUCCGAGGGCGUACGGCACAGCUGUGUACGCGCGCAUUCGUCCCAGGAACGGGCAUCCCUUUGCUCACCUCCUUCUAGCGAGGGCUCGUCUUGCACCGCUGAAGCAAGUGACGCUGCCUCGACUUGAAUUGCUUGCCUGUUUGUUAGCAUCCCGCCUUUACCGGCAUAUCUCGGCAGUGAAUGUUCUCUCGAUGGCACCAGCGUACUUCUGGACGGAUUCGUGCGUCGCGCUUCAGUGGAUUCGCGGCGACGCGGAUCGGUGGCCAACGUUCGUCCGAUCCAGGGUAGUCGAGAUCACGUCUAGCACCCGAGCAGAGCAAUGGCUCCAUUGUAGUGGAAAGGACAAUCCGGCUGAUUUCCUGACGCGAGGAAUCUCAGUCACUGCCCUGGAAAACAGUUCCCUGUGGUGGGAAGGGCCAGAACGCCUGUCAUCGUCAGAUUUCGACGUCAGCGAUGCCUGCCGUGACGCAAAACUUGUCGAGUCCGGCAAUCCUCAGACAGCUGAAUCUGAGGCGGUCACACAGCCUUCGUCAGCCCAUCCAGUGGUAGGCACAACGGAAUGGAUGAGCCUCUACAGCUACAGCACUCUCUCCACGCUGCUGCGUGUGACGGCUUGGAUCAUUCGAUUUUGUAACAAUUGCCGCCGCCGCCUAGCGUACACAUCGGGGCCACUAACGGGUGCAGAAAUCACUCGUGCCGAGCGGGUCUGGUUGCAUCGCACACAGCAGGAAGCCUUCCCGAGCGAAAUCUCUUGCCUUAGCAACGGCAAGAGGCUCUCCCCUGCCUCGUCCGUACGGGAUCUCAGGCCCUUCCUCGAUGAUUUCGGCAUCAUGCGCGUCGGUGGACGUCUCCAUCAACUCCCCGACUGCGAACAAGUGAAGCACCCUGUCUUGCUACCAGCGAAGCAUCGUUUUACAGACCUCGUCGUAGUGGACGCCCACCAUCGCGUUCUUCACGCGGGCGUGCAGGACACCCUGAGCCAAGUCCGGAGCAAGUUUUGGAUACUGCGCGGCCGUCAAGCAACACGACGCGUGCUUCACACCUGCCUCACCUGCCGCAAACAUCAUCCACAACUUGGGACUGCUCCCACCGCUCCGCUACCACGCGAGAGAAUCACGGAGUCGGAGCCGUUCGGUGUGGUCGGCGUGGACUUCGCGGGACCUCUGUACCUCAGAGGCUCGUCUUCAAGCUCUAAGGCCUACAUCGUCCUUUUCUCGUGUGGCGUGACCAGAGCUGUGCAUUUGGAGCUCUCAUCGUCCAUGAACGUGCCCGACUUUCUACUCGCCUUUCGGCGGUUCAUUUCUCGACGAGGAAUGCCUUCGUGCGUCUACUCCGACAACGCAAGGACCUUCCACAAAUGCUCCGCCGUUCUCUCGUUGGUCGCUGCCGCCGACGUUCAGGACUUCGCCGCCCAACGUCGGAUAGAGUGGCGCUUCAUCAUCGAGCGUGCUCCGUGGUGGGGCGGAUGGUGGGAGCGCCUGAUAAGAACGGUGAAGGAGGCUCUGAGGCGAUCUCUGGGGCGAGGCUGUUUAACCUUUGAAGAGCUGACCACAACCUUGUGCGAAGUGGAAGCCGUCGUUAAUUCCCGGCCACUCACGCACGUGGGCACCGACGCCGGGGACCCAGAGCCUCUCACGCCCUCACAUUUUUUGCUGGGUAAACGUGCCACUUCCCUCCCCAACGAUCAAGCCUGGGAAGCUGUCCCAUCCUCGGGCGGCCGUCACGAGCUGUACCAGAGCCUCGAAAGCGUCCGCAAGGCCAAGCGGAAGUUCUGGACACAGUGGAAGCGAGAGUAUUUGCUACUUCUACGCUCCGCACACCACGGAGCUACGGCGGAAGAGACCCUCUUCAACGAAGGAGACGUGGUGCUGGUUCAAGAGGAUAGGGUCCGUCCGCCCUUUUGGAAGGUCGGUCGAGUGACACGAGUCAUACGUGGGGGAGACGGUGUCGUACGCGCAUGCGUGGUGCGCCUCCCGAAUGGAUCAUCCGUGGCACGCCCCGUCCAGCGGCUUUCCCGGCUGGAAGUCGACGUCCACUUGCGAAUUUCCAUACACUGUUUUGCGGCACUGUAG